CAACACCGCUCAAAUCCAGAUGUCAGUUAGGUGAUCACUGUAUUUGAUUUUGUUUACGUCUGCGUCAGUUGGUUGCUAAUUUUUCUUAAUAAUAAUGGACUUAAAUGACUCGAGCAUAAGCUGUGCAGUAAAUAUAAUUUGGAACGAUGCUCAAGGCCAAAAUGUUCGCAAAGUGACGCACAAAAUCGCAACACUGAAAUUGAUUCGAAAUGAUUUACGCGAAAUAUUCAUCGAAGUGUCAACCGACAAAACAAAGCCGAUCAAACUGAAAUUGUCCGGCAUUGCGGUACAUAAAAAAUUUAUGAGCGAAGGAAAAGCGUCUAUCAAUUUCAACAAAGAGCGAUGUACACUAUUCAUGUCGAAUGCGCCGCCCGGAAAUCUGGUGGUAUUUCUGAAGACAAUUUUCGUGAAAAUUAGCGGCGAGAAGAGUGUGGACCCAGCAGAAAUGCAGAAGAAAAUUCGAGCUCACGUGUUGAGCGGAGUACCGACAAAAUUCGAAGAGAUCAGCCCAAUUACGAACAUUGACUUACAGCGGACUAAAAAGCUUCAUGGGCUUUCAAAGGCAACGGUGACGACGCCCUCUCCACCAAGAAGUAAGAAACGAAAAAUGGAAGAGGAUGCUCGACAAUUGCCGGCUGCUAAGAAACUGUAUGCAGACUCAGCCCUAGGCGUUGAGGCGGCAAAGUUGAACGAGGAACAAAACGAAGUCUUCCAAAGCUGUCUGAAGGGUCACAAUGUAUUCUUUACUGGAUCUGCCGGUACAGGGAAGAGUUUUAUGUUAAAACGGAUCAUUUCAGCACUGCCACCAGAGGGAACUGUUGCCACAGCUAGCACAGGUGUGGCCGCAUGUCUUAUCGGAGGUGUUACAUUACACGCAUUUGCUGGAAUCGGUGAUGGCGAAGCUAGUCUAAAGAGAUGCUACGAAUUAGCAUCUCGACCCGUGAUAAGCCAAGGAUGGCGUAAGUGUAAGCGACUGAUUAUAGACGAAAUUUCGAUGGUAGACGGAGAAUACUUUGACAAAAUCGAAGCAGUGGCACGAUACGUUCGUCGCAAUGACAAACCAUUUGGUGGGAUACAACUGAUAUUGUGCGGAGACUUCUUACAACUGCCACCGGUAACCAAGACGGACUUUAAGAGUCGACCACUUUCAACUGUGCCCGGCAAACGUUUCUGUUUCCAAUCGGAUUCUUGGAAAAAUUCCGUCGGCAUCUCAUACGAAUUGAAAAUCGUCCAUCGUCAAAAGGACGCCGAAUUCGUCAAAAUGUUGAAUCUGCUGAGAAUCGGACACGUCAACGAUGACAUUACCAACAGACUUUUGGCAACAUCACGCCAACAAAUCGAAUCGAAUGGCAUUCUGGCCACGCAAUUAUGCUCGCACACAAAUGAUGCGAACUCAAUCAACGAGUCUUGUCUGCGCAAAUUGGAAGGAGAUUCGAAAACAUUUCAAGCCGAAGACAGUGACGCAUCAUCCAUUAAGCAGUUGGAUUCACAGGUGCCCGCUCCAGGUCGACUAGAAUUGAAAAUUGGUGCUCAGGUGAUGCUUUUGAAAAAUGUGAACGUAUCGAAUGGGCUCGUCAACGGUGCUCGUGGCAUUAUUGUUAGUUUCCAUUCCGGUGGAUCUCCGGUCGUCCGAUUCAGAAACAAGCGAGAGUACAUCGCAAAGCCGGAAAAAUGGGUCAUCAAAACUCCAUUGGGAGGAGUAUUGACCAGAAAGCAAGUGCCGCUGAAAUUGGCAUGGGCGUUUUCCAUCCAUAAAUCGCAAGGAUUGACACUGGACUGCGUGGAGAUGAGCCUGUCCAAGGUAUUCGAAGCCGGUCAAGCAUACGUGGCUCUUUCCCGAGCUCAAAGUCUUCAGUGCAUUCGUGUGAUGGACUUUGAUCCGAAACAGGUGUGGGCUAAUCCGGACGUGUUGCAGUUCUAUAAAAUGUUUCGUCGCAAUUUACACGACACGACAUUUUUACGGCUCGGCGGCAAAGAUGUGAAAAAAGCGCAGAAGAAGGCAGCUGUGACAAAAAUAGCUAAAAGUUUGAUGAGCAAGCCAUUGCUCAAUAUUUGCUGAUAGUAUUCAACAUCACUUGAAGAAUAAAUUGACUUUCAUUUUUCCAAA